GUUGGAAGCCGUGCCAAGAGGAGUGUCGUUAUUUUCCAAGAACAACACAUCUAAAACUUUGUUCUAUGAACCAAUACCACUCCUUCUUCUUCGUCGAAUUAUGAACACCAAGGAAUAAUGGCGGGCUAUUUAGAAAUUGUUUUCGGGAUCGUCGCGCUAAUUGCGGCGCUUUACUACUAUUUCACUUCGACCUUCGAUUUUUGGAAAGUCCGCGGAGUUCCUGGUCCGAAACCUGUACCGGUGUUUGGUAACAUCAAAGAUGCGAUGUUAUUGAGGACGGCGUUAAGCAAUAUUCUGAGGGAUCUUUACCAGGAGUACAAAGAUGAGCCGAUGAUUGGAAUAUUCACGAGAAGAACACCAGCGCUCAUUAUUCGCGAUCCAGAAUUGAUCAAAGAUGUUUUGAUAAGAGAUUUUUCGAAGUUCAGUGAUCGAGGAAUUCCCUUUGACGAAAAGGUGGAACCAUUAUCUCCACAUCUGUUCAACUUGGAGACAGAAAGAUGGCGACCGCUAAGAACAAGACUCUCGCCAGUAUUUACGUCUGGCAAACUGAAAGAGAUGUUCCCUCUGAUAUUAGAAUGCGCCGAACAUUUAGAGCAAUAUCUCGAUAAGGUAGUGGCUAAAGGAGAGCCCAUAGAAUGCCGGGAAUUAACAGCGAAAUAUACGACAGAUGUGAUCGGUAGCUGCGCCUUUGGCAUCGAAAUAAACGCCCUAUCCGACGAGGAAAGCGAAUUUCGCCGAGUUGGCAAAAAGGUGUUCGCAACUGGUUUCAAGCAAAUCUUGAAAUUCCGACUUAGACAAGCGUUUCCAUGGAUUUUCAGUUUACUUAGCUACGUAACAUCGCCAACAGAGAUUACAACGUUCUUCACGAAACUUAUCGUAGACACAAUGAAAUACAGAAACGAAAAUCACCUCGUGAGGCCUGACUUCGUCAACAUGCUUAUGGAGCUUAAGAAUCAUCCGGAUAAAUUGGAAAAUGUCGAGCUAACGGAUACUCUGCUAACUGCACAAGCUUUCGUUUUCUUCAUUGCCGGAUUUGAAACUUCUUCCACGGCGAUGAGCAACGCUCUUUAUGAAUUAGCUCUGAAUCCCAACAUUCAAGAGAAAUUACGGGAAGAAAUCAGAAGACAUUAUAAUCAAAAUAAUGGUGAACUAAAAUUCGAAGGAAUAAAAGAUAUGACAUAUCUGGAUCUAAUAUUUCGAGAAACAUUAAGAAAGUAUCCACCUGGACCGAUGUUGAUAAGGAAAUCAAUAUGUAAUUAUACUUUCGAUGGUACAAAGGUUACAAUACCAGCGAAAACAUUUAUAUGGAUACCGCUGUUUGCGAUUCAUCGCGAUCCUAAUAUUUACGCAAAUCCCGACGCUUUCAUCCCCGAAAGAUUCAGCGAUGACGCCGUUGUAAAAAGACAUCCAAUGCACUAUUUACCUUUCGGUGACGGACCGAGGAAUUGCGUUGGCGCACGAUUUGCAGUAUAUCAAUCCAAAGUUGGCCUUAUAAAAAUACUUCGUAAUCAUAAAGUUGAAGUUUGUGAAAAAACUAUGAUUCCAUACGUAAUUGAUCCGACUGCUUUCUUGCUGGCACCGAAAGGGGGAAUAUAUUUGAAAAUAACAAAAGUAGAAAGCUAGAAUACCGAAUGUAAUAGUUGAUGACAAUGUUACACUAUACAUAUAUCUUUCCUUAAAUUAAAGGAACUCUAGGUGAGGCAACAUCGAAUUAUUAUUUGCAAAUGCAGCAAUUAAUGUUUUCCUUUCUUUGUUGCAUGUAUUGCAAAACUCCUUUAUCAAUUCUAAAUGAUACAACGUAUAUAAUAAUCCAACGUGUAAUGCUACAGAACAUGAAUUGUAUAUAAAUAUCUUAUUUACUCUUAUUUAAUACUUAUA